AUGUUUAACUUCUCCAACCUCGCCCGUCUCACUGGGUUCGCCCGCUCUGCAAGCCGCUCGGUUGCAAAUUCGCAGCCAACUAUCACCUUGUUCCACAACACAAAGCUGGCCCACUCCCACCACUUGUUGAAGAGAUUGUCUGAUAGACCUCCUCAUAACUACCGUUUGGAUGUUCGGACAGACCAAUUGCCACUGUACCUGACAUACCACUUUAUUCACGAAAAGUGUAUCAAUGUGCAUCCACAGAACGCUCGCGGGUUCGAGCGUAUCUUCCCUGCGUUGCUUGCCUCUUCCAACCAUACCUUCUGUGAUAUGGAGGUGAGGAAGAACAUGAAGACGAAGCAGUUUGUGCCUGACAUUGAUCUUGUUUCUGAGGAGACGUACCUUGGUAAGGUGGCUCACCUGGAUGCCCAGACCGUGCCUCCAUUUGCAGUUGACUGGGUCAACCAAUUGAUUGCCGUGGACGACGAGAGCUUGAACCGCGUGUUUGCCAACUAUAACUUGACUCACAUUGUGCCUCACGGCGCUGAGAAGCUCAAGGGUGCCGCUGUGUCGGCUCUUGACAAGGACCACUUUGAGCCUAACAACGACAUCCACCACGGAUUGGCUACUUGUGUUUCUCCAAACAGCUUCACCUCGCGUGCCCUGGCGGCCGCUAUGGCUUGUGCUGUUCACCCACACAUUGCCGAGUUUGCUGAUCUCUUUUAA